UGCACAUGUACAUUUGUGUACAUGACAUUUGUAAAUUUCAUGAUUUUGAUCCCACUUUCUUUGCUGUUUCCAUGAUUUCUGGAGAUUGUCAGUUGAUUUGAAGUGGUAACAUAGGUUGAAGGUCAAUUCAAUGUUAGUUUGGCGUAUGAAACCUUGUAAUCAUUGGCUGAACUAGUGCCAGUCUUGAGCCAUGGAUGAAUUGAGAUGAUGUUUUGAGCUGUACUAACUAUACUUACUACUACUACUACAAUAGCUGCCAUAAGUGUACUCGUACUGUAGUGUAGUGUCUACUCUACAUGUAUAUCAAGUUUAUUAGUGUAUCAGGUCAUGGCAUUGGGCCUGGGCACUUCCAGCCACCGUUGAUGGAGUAGAUAGAAGUGGGAAAAACGUCUCGUUCAUAGAAGUGGGAAAAACGUCUCAUUCACUGUCACUGACAAUUUACAUUUGCCCACUUUAUAGAACAACUUCAACAGAGGCCUCCCAGUCGCAUGUCCGAGAAUGAAGUUCUACCUGCAUUAUGAAGAACCGCCGGAGACAACUAUUGUGAUGAAGUGGCCUGAGGACAAGAAGGGAUGUAUCAGAGAUGUUCUUCAGAUAUUCCUUGACUCAGCCUGUGAAGAGUUGAAGACAAAGUUGACCAUAGGCAAUGUUGUUCUGCUCAACUCAAAGAGAGAACAGAUUCCAGUCGACGCAAAUCCUCUCUCGGUUAUAACGAAUAAAGAGGACAUCUUCGUCACUUAUUUGGGACCGAGGCUUAAAAAAACCAAGGAGGGACACCAACUUGAUAAAGCCAUGUCCAGUUUAGCCAUUUCUCUUGAUAAGCAAGAUCGUGAGGGCGCCCAAGUGAAGGAAUUGCUCCGAGAAGCUGGGGAGUACAAAGAGGGUGGCCUAUAUCGACUGGCUGUGACAGCUUAUAAAGAGGUGUUAUAUGUUGAUGAGAAGAACAAGGAAACGCUUCAUGGUUUAGUGUCAAUAUAUCUACUUGCAAAUCGUCCAUCAGAAGCAAUUAAAUUCGCUAAGAGAGGAGAGAAAUAUUACCCAAAGGACCUGGAUUUCAAAAUCGAAGUUGCCACAGCGAUGCUACAGUUUCGAGAUCGUUACGACCCAGUACAGUACCUAUUGGAUAUUUGUAAAGAGCGUCGUAAGGGCGGUGGCUUGGAUGGCAGGGACAAGUGGAGGCUGCAGUGUCUUCUUGCCAAGGCAUAUAUGCAGCAGGAGAAGAGAGAUAUGGCCAUUGUGGUUUACCAGGGUGUCCUGCGUGAGAACCCAGACUAUGUUGAUGCAAUGACUGGACUGGCGAUCAUAGCAUAUGACCUCAAUGACACAUACUUCAAAGAAUGUGUCAGUGUCCUACUGGCAGCAUUAGCAAAACAGACAGGAGAUAAUGAAGUCAAGAAAAAUCUUGUGAAAAUUUGUCAGAUGCCGGGAGGCAUGAAAGGACUGCAGAGUUCAAUGCAGUCAGCCUGGGACUCCACCUCAGCUGUGUUCUAUAUUGCCUGUGUUUUUCGGCAAUGGGGCGGCACGGACCAAGCCGUUGAGUUGAUGGACAUAUGCUGUGAACUCGAACCUCAAAAUCCACAGAUUUUCCUGACACUAGCUCAUAUGCUUGAGGGCAAAUGCCAGUACCGUGAAUCAGUCCAACUGCUUCGAACAUUUCUCUGUGAAAAAUCCAGCAGCCAGACUUUAGGACCAGUGUCAUUGGAGGAGAUCAUUCACUUGUUGGAUUCUGUUUAUAAGUGGAAAAUCAGCGCCACCUUUGAGAAGAUGACCCCACCUCAAGGGCUAGAACGAGAGUUUGAGGAAAAAGAACUGUACACGAUUGCCAUUUUGUUCACUCUGGUCAAAAUACUCUUCAUUGAGGGUCAUCUGUCCGUUCUGCCUGAGCUGGUCAAGCUGCUGGCUCCUCUACACGAUGGUAAAAUGUUACACACAACUGAUAUCAGAAAUGAAGCUGCUUACUUCUACUGUAUCAGUAAAGUUAUCUGUGAUUGUCAGCCGGAGAUUCCCAAGAUGGACGGGAAGUUUAUCUAUCACCUAGGCGACAGCCAUUGUCUUACAUCUGCAUGGAGAUGCAUCAUGUAUCGGGGUUUCGAACACACGAUCCACCCAGUUCUUUCGACGGGGACAAAGAUUUGGCACCUGCGACCAGAUAGUUUGUUCUACUCCAAGGAGAACUUUAAUACUGCUGUCAAGACUAUACCAAAUGGUGCCACGGUCAUUGUCAACUUUGGCGAGAUCGAUUGUCGUGAAGGGUUGAUGCAGUGUGUGGACAAGUGUAGAUAUGAGAGUCUAGACGAUGCCAUCAAAUGUAUCCUGGACAUCUAUAUCGACGUAUUAGGCCAGCUUCAUCGUGAUCACAAAUGGAAGAUGUUCGUCCAUCCAGUGCCUCCUGUCCUGGCAAUGACAAGGUCUGUGGUGGACAAGUUCAACAACUGCCUGAAGUUUCAACUAAAGGACCAUCCUUUUUUGUGCUAUCUGGAUAUUGUGGAUUCACUGCUGAAUGAAGACAGGUCUGCUAUAAAGACGGAGUAUGAGUUUGACAACACACAUCUGCACCCCUCGUAUACGACACUACUGGAGUUUGCUGUGAAUUCUGCCUUCUCAUGAUGCAAGAAUAGGAAACUUGAUUGACUUGCUCCUACUGGGAUUGUGAGGUUUACAGCAAAUCAGACCUGUGCCGCCUGCUGUGGAAGGAGCUGCUGGGACAUGUGGCUUGGACUCUUAUAAAAGCGCUCCCUGGUUUGAGCCCCACAGUGCGCGUGAGACUGUAGGCAGGUCUCUUUUGUAUGACUUGUCUUACUGCACCCAGGUGUGUAAAUCAGUACCGGUCAGAUGUGCUCAGGAUAUACUGCUAAAUGAGCAGCUCAUCUGCGUUCUACUGAAAGGUAACAGGAUAGACCAUUGUACACGUGUGAAGUUGUAUUGUUGUAACUGUGCUCUUCAGUAUGGGAGCAAUGAUGAAUGAGAAA